AUGUACUUCACUAUCACUUCUUUGCUUUCAGGCUGUUGGAAUGGAGUGGAAGGGGCUGAAGAGGGCAUUUAUUUAGAAGGAGCAUCACAGAGCGGGACUUUUAAAGCAGGUUCAGGUCCCCAGAAGACCCAGCUCCUUGAGAUGUGUGGCCUGAUCCUAAAAGAUAUUAUGCAUUUGGCUGAGCAUCAGGGAACACAUCUUGGGAAGAAAACAAACACAUGUAAAGAACUGUUCUUCACAGCCAACCUUCAACAGUACAAGGAGCAACAUAUUAGUUCUGUGGAUAGAGCUUUGUUUGCAAAGAGCUGCACUGUCUAUGCAUCAGAGAAGCCCUUUAUCUGUGGGGAGAUUGGGAAGGACUUUUUGGGCAGCCUGCGACAUUUCCAUCAACAGGUCACUCACACUGGGGAGAAGCCAAACAACAGUAAUGAAUGUGAGGGUGCCUUUCACAGUGGAAAAAGUCUUCACAGCUGGGGAGAAUGCAAGAAGGCCUUCAGAUGCACAGACACCCUAACUCAGAACCAGAGACUCCUCACUCGAGAAGGACGUUAUAAAUGCAGUGAAUGUGGAAAAGCCUGUACCCGAAGAUGUAACCUCAUUCAGCACCAGAGAGUUCAUACUGGAGAAAGGCCUUUUGGAUGCAGCGAAUGUGGGAAAUUCUUUACCUACUACUACAAUUUGAUUAUACAUCAGAGAGUUCACACUGGAGAAAGGCCUUAUGAGUGUGGGGAAUGUGGAAAAUCCUUUGGCCGUAGCUCCAGCCUCAAGAACCACAGGAAAGUUCACAUUGGAGAAAGGCAUGUUAAAUGCAGAGAAUGUGGGAGAUCCUUUAGCUGCAGAUCUAACCUUGCUAGACACCUGAGAGUUCACACUGGAGAAAGGCCUUAUAAGUGUAGGGAAUGUGGAAAGUCCUUUAGCCAAAGCUCAGUCCUCAUUCGACACCAGAGAGUUCACACUGGAAAAAAGCCUUAUGGACAUAUUGAAUGUGGCAAAUCCUUUAGCUAUAAAUCUGACCUCAUUCAACACCAAAGACUUCACACUGGAGAAAGAUCUUAGAUGUACAGGGAAUGUGCAAUUUCUUUUAGUGUUACACUGGAGGAGAGAACUUCUGAGGGAGCCAUUUACCUGAAUUAAAACCCAUAUAUCAGAAUAUCCUCAGUGGAAAAGUUCUUAAAUUCUGGGUAUAGGAAUCUAUAAGGAAGUGUUUUACACUUUCUGACCUGCCCCAGGGCCCAUGCUAGAUACAUGUCACUGCCAGUUUCUAUGGUAGAAUUCAUUUCACCUCUACCACUUGGCAGGUCCACAUAGCGCAUCAGUCACCACUUUACCCAACUCGGGGAAGCUAACCUCUGCACUCCCCACCUGCUGAAGGAAGUCCUUUGUAGUCUUUGCCUUUCCAGGGUUCUUCUCCCUUCUCUUUUAUAAGUUAGGGCAUGGAACUCGCUCAGUUUUUGCCCGCUGUACCUGAUCUGAGUUCUGCUGGUGGCUUUGUCAAGAGGGACUAUGUAUGGACGUGUUAAUUUCCUGUGACACUUGGAUUUUGCAAGAAUAAAGGUACUGUUUAAGCCAUCUUUGACUUUGGGGUUGUAUUUACCGUGUGAGCUUAUUUGAAAACAGUUUGGCUUUGCCAGAAUUAAGGGGGAAAACAGCUGUCAUGCGGGUUCAAAGCUCUGUGUCCCUCAGAGA